UCUAUGAUGAUAAGUAUGUUAAACAUAUUAGACGAUAGACGUAGAGCCAUCAACCAUUGAAAUAUUAUAAAUAAUUAGAAUAACAAAAGUUUAAAGAUUAGUAGAAUUUUAAAAGACGUGUACAACUAACUACUGACGAGUAGACAACAGAGAACAGAUCACAAUCCCCGGAAUAUAUCACAAUUUAAUCUAAAUGUGUGUAGAUGUAGUAUAUGGAUAAGUAAUAAAUAAUAAUCACUAGUAAAUAACAUACCUAUUCCCAAAUUUACACUGCGUUUACAUUAACGAUUUCAAAUUAUUUUAUUUAUAAUCCUAACCCAUGAAAAUAUAGGAUCAUUUAAAUAAUCCACUUGCAUUAGUUUAUGCACUUAUAGAUACCUAAUAUUUAAAAGUGUAUUUUUGUUUACAAUUUAUUAUGGCGUUGUGUGUGGCUGUAGUCAGCAAAGAGAACGCGCCAAAAUAUGUAACUUCUCUAAAUCCGGAAGAUGAAUUACAAAUUCAAUAUGAAAUACAUUCAUCAAUUGACUUUGUUGAAGAAAAAUUGAAAACUGGUAAAAAGGAUAUGCGAGAUUUAUAUUUAGGACUAUUGUACUCUACAGAAGAUCAUAAAAUUUAUGGAUAUGUGACAAAUACUAAAGUAAAAUUUUUUGUUGUGAUAGAUUCUGGCAAUUUGUUAUUAAGAGAUAAUGAAAUACGUUUUAUGUUCCGAAAAUUACAUACAGCUUAUACCGAUUUAAUGUGUAAUCCAUUUUACAUCCCUGGAGAUUAUAUUACAUCUGAGAAUUUUAACAAAGUUGCUCGAGGUAUAUUAACUGGAAACUCAUAAGUAAAUUAAUAAGAAUCAUUUUAAUUGGUUUCUGAUUUAUCUCUAAUUAUUAAUAUAUUAUGUUUGGUAACUAUGAGUCUAUGAAUCAUAAAAAUAUUUUUAAUUUGAAAAAUGUAUGAAUAAUUAUUUUAUGAUGCAACUUUAUUUUUAUUUUGUAUUUAAUAAAAUGUAUCUAUAGUUUUUAAUAUAGUUUUACAUAAUUGUUUUAUGGUUAUAUUCACAUAUAUAUUAUAAUAAAAAUAAUUCAAAAAUGAAA